GACCCAUCUCCCAAGCUUCACUCUGAUUUCCAGUAUACAGAGGCUCGGUUUCAAGUGGAUAAUUCUAAGUCUCUUUUAGCUGUGGAAGAUUAAACCUUUUUAAUUGCACCUGUAAGAAGACUUUGUCUAGAUUUAUGUUGGAGGUAAAGUUCGGAAGAAAUGUUUGGGGCUUCUGAUCCUAAGAAGACCUGCAGUGGAGGUUCUUGAUCACAGUGGAAGUGAGUGUCCAUUGUCACCAUGGGAUGCACAACCAGUGUGGUUCUGUUGCGUUCCAUCCUCGAGAGGAGCUGUAGUUAUGUCAAAGGUUCAGUGGAGCUUCGAGCUCUGGAGGAGGAAGAGGAGACGCACAGUCUUUGGGGAUCUCAUCCAUGGAUUCCCACCACCACUCUGGUAAAACCAAAGAUCAUAGAGCCCCUGGACUAUGAGAAUGUGCUCCUCCAGAGAAAGACCCAGAUCAUAAGUGAUGUUCUGCGUGACAUGCUGCAGUUCCCUAUGGAUGACUUCCAGAUCUCCACCCUGGGGCGUCAGGGACGGACUCUGCACUCCACUGUGCCAGAGGCUGCUGAGAAGGAAGCUUCCUCUCUGUUUGUCCAAGAGUGCAUUAAAACAUACAAGUCUGACUGGCAUGUGGUCAACUACAAGUAUGAAGAGUAUUCUGGAGACUUUCGGCAGCUUCCACAUAAGGCGUUGAGAUCUGAGAAACUAGCUGCCCACGUGUUUGAAGUGGACGAAGACGUGGAAAAAGACGAGGAUGCAGCAUCUCUUGGAUCUCAAAAGGGAGGAGUGUCUAAGCAUGGCUGGCUCUACAAAGGCAACAUGAACAGUGCAAUUAGCGUUACUAUGAGGUCCUUCAAGAGAAGAUACUUCCAUCUGGCUCAGCUGGGUGAUGGAUCCUACAACCUCAACUUCUAUAAAGAUGAAAACACCUCCAAGGAACCCAAAGGAACUAUCUUCCUUGACUCGUGCAUGGGGGUUGUUCAGAAUAGCAAAGUGCGUCGAUUUGCCUUUGAGCUGAAGAUGCAGGAUAAGAGCACAUUCCUGCUGGCUGCUGACAGCGAAGCAGAAAUGGAGGAGUGGAUCAGCACCCUCAACAAGAUUCUCCACAGCAGCUUUGAACAGGCCAUGCAGGAGAAAAGGAAUGGAGACCUGAAUGAUGAUGAGGACCAUGGAAAAGCAGAGAUCUCAUCAGGAAGCUUUCCAGACAACUUUCAGACUGCCAGAGAUAUUGAAUCCAAAAUGAGAAGUGAAGCUCGUCUGAAGCUGUUUACUCUGGAUCCAGACACUCAAAAACUGGACUUUUCUGGCAUCGAACCAGACGUGCGUCCGUUUGAAGAAAAGUUCGGAAAGAGAGUCCUGGUCAGCUGUCACCACCUGUCAUUCAACCUGCAGGGUUGCAUCACAGAAAAUGAAGAGGGGCCAACGACUAACGUUGAACCUUUCUAUGUGGUUCUGUCCCUGUUCGAUGUCCAGAACAGUAGAAAGAUCUCAGCCGACUUCCAUGUGGAUCUCAACCACCCAAUGGUUCGCCAAAUGACAUGUGGUCAUGUUAGUGGGUCCAAUUUGGAAAUCAUUGGUGAUGGUCUGUCGGAAGGCCUUGGGCUGGCUCCUCACUAUCCCACACAAGGGGUCUUCUCAGUAACUUGCCCUCACCCAGAGAUCUUCCUGGUUGCCAGAAUUGAGAAGGUCCUUCAAGGAGGGAUCACCCACUGCACUGAACCUUAUAUGAAGAGUUCAGACUCCACCAAAGUGGCUCAAAAGGUGUUGAAGAACGCCAAGACAGCUUGCAGCAGACUGGGACAGUACAGGAUGCCAUUUGCCUGGGCUACAAGGCCUGUGUUCAAGGAUGCAUCAGGAACUCUGGAGAAAAACGCUCGCUUCUCAGCUCUUUACAGGCAGGACAGCAGCAAGCUGUCAGAUGAGGACAUGUUCAAACUCCUCAGUGACUUCAGAAAGCCAGAAAAAAUGGCCAAACUCCCUGUGCUCUUGGGGAGCAUAGAUGUUACCAUUGAUAGUGUUGCACCGGAUGUACCCAACUGUGUCACUUCCUCAUACAUCCCCGUGAGAAACUUUGAGAAAAAUGGUCCAGGCAGCGCUCUUCUGGAGGUGGAGGAGUUUGUGCCAUGUAUUGCUAAGUGUGCCCAACCAUUCACUAUAUACAAAAACCACCUCUAUGUCUACCCAAAACACCUCAAGUAUGAUGGGCAAAAAUCUUUUGCAAAGGCAAGGAAUAUUGCUGUCUGUGUUGAAUUCAAGGACUCUGAUGACGAUGAAGCCCAGCCACUAAAGUGCAUCUAUGGGCGUCCCGGAGGACCUCUGUUCACUAAACAGGCAUAUGCAGCCGUCCUUCACCAUCAGCAGAACCCUGAGUUCUAUGACGAGAUAAAAAUAGAGCUGCCAACUCAGCUGCAUGAGAAACAUCACCUUCUCUUCAACUUCUAUCACGUCAGCUGUGAAAACAACAGCAAGAAGAAGGAUGCAGUAGAGACUCCUGUGGGUUCAGCUUGGCUGCCACUCCUGAGGGAUGGUGGCAGAGUCAUCAUGAAUGAACAGCAGCUGUCUGUGGCUGCAAAUCUACCUUCAGGGUAUCUCAUCUCCCAGGAUGGAGUCAACAAGCAGUCUGGCUCAGAGAUUAAAUGGGUAGAUGGAGGCAAACCUUUGUUCACAGUCUCAACCCAUCUUGUAUCUACAGUAUACACUCAGGAUCAGCAUCUGCACAACUUCUUCCAACACUGCCAAAGCAUGGACAUGUCAGGACAAGCUUCAGAAGGAGAGCUGAUUAAAUAUCUGAAGAGUCUUCAUGCUAUGGAAGGUCAUGUGAUGGUCAACUUUCUGCCCACCAUCCUUAACCAGCUCUUCUGUGUCCUCACCACGGCAACACACGAGGAUGUGGCUGUCAAUGUAACCAGGGUAAUGGUUCAUGUAGUGGCGCAGUGCCACGAGGAGGGACUUGAGCAUUACCUGAGAUCCUUCGUCAAGUUUGUGUUUAAGCCAGAGCCGUACUCCUCCAUCUGUCUACGAAUGGUUCACGAGGAGCUGGCUAAAGCCAUGACAGCCAUCCUCAAGCCCUCCACAGACUUUUUAACAAGCAACAAGCUGCUGAAGCACUCAUGGUUCUUCUUUGAAGCUCUGGUAAAAUCGAUGGCUUAUUAUCUCAUAGAGAGUGGUAAGGUCAAGCUCUCGAGGAACCAGCGUUUUUCCACUUCCUUCUACCAUGCUGUAGAAACUCUGGUCAACAUGUUGAUGCCGCACAUUACCCAGAAAUAUAAGGAUAAUCUUGAUGCUUCUCGCAAUGCUAACCACAGCCUGGCAGUUUUUAUAAAGCGUUGCUUCACCUUCAUGGACAGAGGCUUCAUUUUCAAGCAGAUCAAUAGCUACAUGAACUACUUUGUGCCUGGAGACCCAAAGACUCUGUUUGAAUUUAAGUUUGAGUUCCUUCGGGUGGUUUGCAACCAUGAGCACUAUGUGCCUCUGAACCUGCCGAUGCCAUUUGGAAAAGGCAGAAUACAGAGGUUUCAAGAUCUUCAGCUUGACUACUCUCUGACCGAUGACUUCUGCCGAAACCACUUCCUAGUGGGCUUAUUGUUGCAGGAAGUGGGCGGGGCACUUCAGGAGCACAGAGACAUCCGCCAGAUGGCCAUCCAGGUGCUGAAGGGACUGAUGAUCAAACACACGUUUGAUGACCGUUACGCUGCUAGAAGUCACCAAGCCAGACUUGCCACGCUCUACCUCCCUAUGUUCGGUCUUCUUCAGGAGAAUGUCUGCCGACUUGACAUCAAGGACUCCGCUCCUCUCAGCAAUCACAAUACCAUGAGGGAGGAUUCCCUGGUACCAAACUCCAUGGUUACUCCUCAAAAACCUGGAAGCUGCAUAGAAAAUGCUCUCCACAAAGAUGUGUUUGGGGUCAUCUCUGGAACAGCCUCACCUCACAGCUCCACUCCUAAUGUGAACUCAGUUCACCAUGCCGACUCUAGAGGCUCUUUGGUUUCGACCGACUCUGCAAACAGCCUUCUGGACAAGAGCAGCGACAAGACCAACUCUCUGGAGAAGAGCCAGUGUGUGUCGGCAGUGGGCAGUGCUGUGCUGCGCUUUGACAAACUGGACCGAGACGAGAUUGGAAAACUGCUCAUGUGCUUUCUGCACAUCCUCAAGAGCAUGUCAGAGGAGGCCCUGUUUGCCUAUUGGAACAAAGCAGCUCCUUCAGAGUUAAUGGACUUCUUUACUCUAAUAGAAAUCUGUCUCCAUCAGUUCAGAUACAUGGGGAAAAGAUUUAUUGCCAGGAGUCAGGAGGGUGCAGGACCUGUAGCUGCAGACAGGAAGUCUCUGACUCUUCCUGUGUCCCGUAACAGGGCAGGGAUCCUGCACGCUCGUCUGCAGCAACUGGGAGCUCUGGAGAAUGCUCACACCAUCAAUAACAUGUACACCCAUACAGAAGCAGACAUAAACAGCCAGUCCCUGCUGGAGGCCAACGUGUCUACAGAGGUCUGUCUGACUGUCCUGGACACACUCAGCACCUUCAUCAUGGGAUUCAAGACCCAGCUAAAUUCAGAUCUGGGCCACAACUCUUUGAUGAAGAAGGUGUUUCAGGUACAUCUGUGCUUUCUGCAGAUCCCUCAGUCAGAGGCUGCCCUUAAACAGGUUUUCACCUCCGUCAGGACCUUCAUUUUUAAGUUUCCCUGCACGUUCUUUGACGGCAGGGCUGACAUGUGCGCCUCGCUCUGCUAUGAAAUCCUCAAGUGCUGCAACUCCAAGCUGAGCUCCAUCCGCAGUGAUGCAGCCCAUCUUCUUUACUUUUUAAUGAAGAGUAACUUCGACUACACAGGUCGAAAGUCAUUUGUACGAACCCACCUGCAGGUGGUAAUAGCUGUUAGCCAGCUAAUAGCUGAUGUCAUUGGAAUUGGGAGUACACGUUUCCAGCAGUCUCUAUCCAUCAUAAACAAUUGUGCCAACAGUGACAAGAGCAUAAAGCACACAGCGUUUCCAUCAGAUGUAAAGGACCUCACCAAGCGCAUCAGGACUGUGCUGAUGGCCACUGAGCAGAUGAAGGAGCAUGAGAACGACCCUGAAAUGUUGGUGGACCUCCAAUACAGCUUGGCCAAGUCCUACACCAGCACCCCUGAGCUCCGAAAGACCUGGCUGGACAGCAUGGCUCGCAUCCACAACAAGAACGGCGAUCUUUCCGAGGCAGCUAUGUGUUACGUUCAUGUUGCUGCUUUGGUUGCAGAGUAUCUGUGGAGAAAAGACCCAUAUUGGUGCGAGCACCAAUAUGGGUCUACCGCUUUCUGUCUUUCAGCUAUGUUUAGGCAAGGCUGCUCAGCAUUCAAGGUCAUCACUCCCAACAUUGACGAGGAGGCGGCCAUGAUGGAGGAUGUAGGGAUGCAGGAUGUUCACUUCAGUGAGGAGGUGCUAUUGGAGCUGCUGGAGGAGUGUGCUGAUGGCCUGUGGAAGGCUGAGCGUUACGAGCUUAUUGCCAACAUCUACAGGCUCAUUAUUCCCAUCUAUGAAGAGCGUAGGGACUUUGAGAAACUGACACACCUCUACGACACGCUCCACCGUGCCUACACCAAAGUGAUGGAGGUGAUGCAUACUGGGAAGAGACUACUGGGCACAUACUUCAGAGUGGCCUUCUUUGGACAGGCUGCGGGGUUUUUUGAGGAUGAGGAUGGAAAAGAGUACAUCUACAAGGAGCCAAAGUUUACACCGCUCUCUGAAAUUUCCCAGAGGCUUUUGAAACUCUACUCUGACAAGUUUGGCCCAGAGAACGUCAAGAUCAUUCAGGAUUCUGGCAAGGUUAACCCUAAAGAUCUGGAUUCAAAGUAUGCCUACAUUCAGGUGACUCACGUAAUGCCUUACCUAGACGAUAAGGAGCUGUAUGACAGAAAGACUGACUUCGAGAAGAGCCACAACAUCCGACGCUUUGUGUUUGAGACACCAUUCACUGUUUCAGGCAAGAAGCAAGGGGGAGUGGAGGAGCAGUGCAAAAGGCGCACAGUACUAACCACAACCCACUGUUUCCCAUAUGUUAAGAAGCGCAUAGCAGUCAUGUACCAGCACCAGAGCGACCUAAGCCCCAUAGAGGUGGCCAUAGAUGAGAUGAGUGCUAAGGUGGCCGAGCUGCAGCUGCUGUGCUCAGCGUCCGAGGUGGACAUGAUCCGGCUGCAGCUCAAGCUACAGGGCAGCAUCAGUGUUCAGGUUAACGCAGGUCCUCUUGCAUAUGCCAGAGCCUUUCUAGAUGACAGCAGUGCCAAGAAAUAUCCUGACAACAAGGUCAAACAGCUAAAAGAAGUCUUCAGGCAGUUUGUGGACACCUGCGGUCAUGCAUUGGGAGUGAAUGAACGGCUGAUUAAAGAAGACCAGCAGGAGUAUCAUGAUGAGAUGAAGGCCAACUACAGGAACAUGAUCAGAGAUCUGUCAAACAUCAUGCAUGAACAGAUAAACCCAGUGGAGGAUGGUACAAGGAGUACUCUGUCCAACUCUAUGGGUAUCUUUAAUGCCAUCAGUGGCACAUCCAGCACCAACUCACAUGGGUCAACCACCAUCCUCUGAGUGGGUUGUGUCUCACGGGACUUCCGUCACCUAUAGUGAACAGACAACCCAAGAAGUAAAUUGGGGGCAAUUUACAGAAAACCUGUUGGAUUAUUUCGGUCCAUGUGACCAGCUGAAAACCUAUGUAUUCUUGUCUUUUUUUCUUGUUUCCUAUGGAGACCUUAGUUUAUGUUGUGGAGCUUUACACUUUGAAAGAUCUUCUUUUGUUGCAUUGUUUUAACUGUGGGAAAGACAUGAUCUACAUGAUGUCUCAACAACCGUUUAACAACCAGUACUGUGACUGAAAACAUACUGGUUUCUUCUUGUUCAUGUGUCUAAAGCACCUAAAGGUCAGUCCUUUCCAAGAGCAAAAUGAUACAUGAAGAACUUCAGUAUUGGUUUGGCUCUCAGUUAUGUACUGACAGCUUUACAAUGCAGAGAUAGAAAAAGUCUACUGCUGUAACUGUACACCUAUUAGUGAUCAUGUUGUACAGUAUUUUUUGAAUUACUUUUAAAAAAUAUUUUUCAUCAAGACCCAGUUAGAGCAGAUGUAUUUUGUAUUUCAUUUUUUUUAAAUGAAUCAAUUUUCUAUUUUGGGCCAAUGCAUCUGUAUAUAACCUGUCUAAAGCCAAGUGAAUCUCAAUAUUUUGACCUAUUUUAUGAAUAGUGUGUGCAAUAUUUCACAGUUACCAAGGCUACCUACAGGACAAAAAUCAGUCUUGCCAAAGAUGAUCUAAACCAGGACAAGGAUGUCCAAGUGUGUCUUUUGCUCUUUCUUUAUCUGUAGUAUAGAUUUAUUAUCUGUGAGCCUAAAUUAAAUUGAAAACAUUUUUACUCAGUGCCUGUAAAUAUGUUUAAGACUUACAAAUAAAUAAAACCUGGUAUAUGAAA